CAACGCCCUACCUGUUUCCCAAUUCCCUCUCCCUUCCUCUUCUCCCACGAAACGUAGUAACACUACAGAUACAACGCCCACACCCACUCUCUCUUUUCUUCUUUAUCAAUUCAAGUUUCAACAACACCAGUCCAAACAGCACUCUCCUUUCUCCUCUCUCUUCAUUUCUCAGCCAUGGCGCUUUCACUAUGCUCCCCCAGAUUCCUUCUCUUCCUCUUCAUCGUCUCAGCAAUUCCUGUCGCCUACAUCAUCUCCCUGGAGCUUGCCAAGCCCCCCACCCACGUUUACCACUACCACAGUAACGGUUUCCUACGGGAGUGUGCCAAGUGGGACGACACUGGCCGCCGAUUCCUCGUCUCCUUUUUUGAGGGAGGCGUUGGUGAGAUCCGCGUCCCGGACGGUCAAUCCCCUGACACCGUAUUGGACGAGAUUGUCGUUGUCAAAGACGCUGACUUAACCGGAAAUUCAUCCCUCGGUAUAUCCAUCGACCUCCCCAGAAACCGGGUCCUUGUCGCCGUUGCCGACGUGCUCCGAAAUCAGUACAGCGCUCUCGCUGCUUAUGAUUUGUCCACUUGGAAGCGCCUGUUUCUGACCCAGCUCAGUGGCCCAAGUGAUGAGAAGGCGUUUGCAGAUGAUGUUGCUGUUGAUGCAGAAGGCAAUGCUUAUGUUACUGAUGCCAAAGCCAGUAAAAUUUGGAAGGUUGGGGUGAAUGGUGAGUUGCUAUCCAUCAUUAGAAGCCCACUUUUCACUUCAAAGCAGUGGUAUAGAAACUUGAUUGCAUUGAAUGGAAUUGUUUACCACCCAGAUGGGUACUUGAUAGUCAUUCAUACAUUCACCGGCAAUUUGUUUAAGAUUGAUUUGGCAAAGGGGGAAGAAGUGAAGUUGAUUAAGGUAGCUGGAGGUCCACUGACAUUUGGUGAUGGUAUAGAGCUACUGUCACCAACUAAGCUUGUGGUUGCAGGGAACCCUUCUGGGAGAUUAGUAGAGAGCUCCGAUGGAUGGGAGACUGCCUCUGUUGUGGCAAAGUUUAAGGGCCCUUCACAUCGGUUGGCCACGGCUGCCACCGUGAAAGAUGGGAGGGUGUAUCUCAAUCAUAUGUUUGGUAUGGGUUACCCCAAGAAGAAGCAUGCCCUUGUUGAGGCUGUUUUCUCUGCUUGAAAAUAGUUGUGUUGCUCUCGGGUAUUUGAUGUUGUAAUGUUAUCUAGAAAAAAACAUGGUCAAUUUUUGACUCAUUGUGGUCAAUUUUUGCCCUUUUUGAUCAAUGUGAUGGAUCUUUAUACAAAUCCAUUUUCCUUUAAAUGGUAGUAUGCUUUCAAUAAUGAUAUUUUUCUGAU